GUUUUCGUCGGCGCGAGGGAACCAAUGUGAUACAGAUAUAAAACCUCAAGAAUUAAAUGUUGUGAUAAGCUGAUUUUACCGUAGAAGAUAACAGGAGAACGCAACAUGAGAUUGCACUUAAGCCUAUCAAGAAACAUCCUCAGGCACUAUGAAAUCCUGACAAGAAGAGGCCAGAGAAGUAUUUCGUCUGCUGGCAACUUUGGUGUGUGGGGGAGACAUGCUGAUUACGACCGCAGGAACACAUCAUCUCUUUUAGCUGUAAGUGCAAGUCAGUCACAAUGCACAAAGCGACUGAAACACAAAGGAAAAGGCAGAGGAGAUGACAUAUCUCAUCUCUUUAUACCUGUUCCAAUCAAGGCUCGGGAAGAUGAGAUAAAUGUUGGUGAAGAGAUGGCAGGUCCAUUGAGGAAAGAUGACAUUCUUCGUGUCCUCAACCGAUUCUACAGCAAUGAAGAUAUCAAAGACCUCGCAAGAGAAAAUGGACUUGACAAUUAUUUAUACCAGCAGACUUUCAUCAGUUUUAGGAAAUUUUGUAUUGAAUCUGGUUCCCUUCCUGUUGACCUUCACAUCAUUAUCAGUGAUGUGUUGCAGGGUGCUGGUCAUAUUCAUGACAUCUACCCAAGUUUUAUGAAACAUGCACAAAAGAUAUUUCCUCACCUGAACUGCAUUGAUGACUUGUGCAAAAUAUCAGAUUUGUCAUGUCCUCCAAAUUGGUAUCCUGAGGCCCGUGCUUUAAACCGUAAAAUAGUAUUUCAUGCGGGGCCCACCAACAGUGGCAAGACCUACCAUGCUAUGCAACAGUUUCUCAGUGCAGAGUCUGGGGUAUAUUGUGGACCACUGAAGCUCUUGGCUACUGAGGUUUUCCAUGCAAGUAACAAAAAGGGAACUCCUUGCGAUUUAGUUACUGGAGAGGAGAGAAGAUUUGGAAAUGCUGAAGGGUCAUCAGCAAGCCAUGUUGCUUGUACUGUGGAAAUGACAUCUGUCUCAACCACAUAUGAUGUUGCUGUGAUUGAUGAAAUCCAGAUGAUAAAAGAUCCCCAAAGAGGGUGGGCUUGGACACGUGCUUUCCUUGGCCUGUGCGCAAGAGAACUACAUGUGUGUGGUGAGGCAGCAGCUAUUCCCCUUAUUCAAGAACUAGCUCUUCUUACAGGGGAGGAAGUUGAGGUUAGAAGAUAUAAAAGGUUGACAGAGUUAUCAAUAGAGAACUCAGCACUACAAACGCUUGACAAUGUACAUCCAGGAGACUGUAUAGUGUGUUUUAGCAAGAGAGACAUUCACCAUGUCUCUCGAGAGAUUGAACGUAGAGGCCAUGAAGUUGCAGUCAUUUAUGGAGGCCUUCCACCAGGAACAAAAUUGGCUCAGGCAUAUAAGUUUAAUGACCCAAAGCACCCAUGCAAAAUCCUUGUUGCCACAGAUGCCAUUGGAAUGGGAAUUAAUCUGAGUAUUCGGCGAGUUAUUUUCCAUUCUCUUAUCAAGCCUAACAUAAAUGAAAAAGGAGAAAAAGAGAUGGAAACACUUAGUGUCUCAUCAGCCCUGCAGAUUGCUGGACGGGCUGGCAGAUAUGGGACUCAGUGGGAACAUGGUUAUGUCACAACUAUGAAGUCCGAAGACCUCUCUACUUUGAGGCGACUGUUAUCCUGCAUACCUGACGAAAUAGAACAGGCUGGACUUCACCCAACUGCUGAUCAGAUUGAGCUGUUUGCAUUUCAUUUACCUAGCUAUACCUUGUCAAACCUUAUUGAUAUCUUUGUGAGCCUUUGCACAGUGGACUCAUCACUCUAUUUCAUGUGCAUCAUGGAUGAUUUUAAGUUCCUGGCUGACCUCAUACAGCACAUUCCACUUCAGCUCAGAUCCAGAUAUGUCUUCUGUUGUGCUCCUAUCAACCGCAAGAUGCCUUUUGUCUGUGCUAUGUUCCUAAAGUUUGCUCGCCAGUUCUCACAGAGUGAACCUGCAACUUUGGACUGGUUGUGUCAUCAGGUCAAAUGGCCUUUCUCAACUCCUAACACUAUAUUAGAUCUUGUACAUCUAGAAGAAGUGUUUGAUGUAUUUGAUCUCUAUUUAUGGCUUAGUUACCGUUUUCAAGACAUGUUUCCUGAUGGGGAAAUGGUACGAGAUCUUCAGACUGAGUUAGACGGGAUGAUUGAAGCUGGAGUUGCCCAGAUUACAAGAUUACUCAAGAAUUCAGAUACACGAACUUCCAACAAUGCCGUUGAUACUGAAGAGAACUUUAUUAUGGACCAAAGGAAGAGGCAUACAUAUAGAGAUCAAAAUUUGGAUAUACCAAGAGGCUCACAAGUACUCAAGUCUGGAAGACAAGAGAGAGGUCCAGUUGGUCGUGGGCGACUCACAGAAAGGCUCCUAGCCCAGGGUCUUCUCUCUCCAAAGAUGUUGGCAGAAUUGCAGCGGGAAUGGCAACAAAAUAAUUAUGAUGAUGAAGAUCCUCCAACCAAGCCAAAAACACCGAGGAAAAGGAGACGAUAAGGUCACUUGAGCAAUAUAUUUGUUUGUAGUAUGAGCCAGCUUUUUGACUUGUUACUGAAGUAAGCAUUGUGUAAAACUGCUUGGGUGAGUUGAAAACAGAACUGCUAAAAUUUUCAGAGGUAGUCAACAUGUAUAUUUAGAGAUUUGAAUUUAACAGUUAUUAUAAAUAUUGUUAUUACUCUCAGUGUUUGUAAAUUAUUAUUAUAUACGAAAAAAGACAGCUAUUCUUUGUAAGUGUGAGUUAUUAUUAAAUAAACUCAUAUUUUGUAUAUAAUUUUAUUUUAUAUAUAGAACCCUACAAAAUCAUGGAAUGUUGAUCAUUAUAUGGAUAAAAAAUAAAAUGUUUCUGCAUGACAAUACAGCCUUUGCCACCUCACAGAUAAUAUAAAAUGUAUAUUCAGAUAAACUACGAAGAUAGCAUAAAUUCUUAGUUCAUUUACUGAACAGUUAAAAAGAUUAUAAAAGAAAA